CGUUCGUGUUGUCAUGUUGUUGUGCUUUCUUUUAAAAACGUUGCAUUUGCUGAUUUGCUGCACACACAACUAUCUAGAAAUAUCUGCAACCAUAAAGCGACGGAAUAUCUAAACGUGGUGGAAGUCCCUGUCGGCAGGUAGGAGAUCGACAAGAUGGAUCAUCAGUGGAAUGCGGUAAAUGUGGUCAGGGAGGACCAUCACAGCAUUGAGCAGGACGAAAUAUUUCAGCGCGGUCUCGUUGUGGGGAAAGGUGCCUCAGGAUUAUUUGUGGAUUUUGGUCUCCGAGACCAGUUACCGGAAUUGAUUCCGUAUCACAAUGUGUAUCGCAGUGUUCCGCAGGAACAAAUGCAUAGCGCGGAUAACGACAAAGAGCCCGCAAGCGAUGCGGAAUUCGGCGAAGAUGGGUCCGAUUUGUAUGUUCUGGAAAAGUUAUCUGACGACCAACCAUGGACGUGGUACGAAGCGCGGCCUCUGAUCACCUGUUUUCCUGGUUUUGUUGUAGCGGAAGUGUACGAACACUUUGCAGGAGUUUUUCACCCACGGCGCGUGUGUUAUUGGCCAAAAAGCGCGGGAACGGUGCGCUACAACGAUUUUCUCGUUGAAACAUUUCCGGCACCGAGCGGCGCCGCGCUCACGCCCGCAAUGUCAACGUUGUGGAAUAAGCGCUUCAAGCGCACUCAUCCGAUCACUAUUUCCAGAAAUUCCUUCAAGUUUCUGCAGCCACGGUGCGAUGAAGCGCUGGAGGAGCAUAUGAUGGAAUUUACACUUCGAGAAGGGCUGGGAAUGCGAGGUGCGCCGCAGAUUAUUCGCGGCACCAGGAAAGAACUGGCAAGAUUGAAUAGCAUCCCGCCGGAAUUGUUGGCGAUGGUCUUUUCCAACAUGGACGUUAGGAGUCUGACUGCACUGCGCCGUGUCUGCCGUUACUUUAAUGGCGUAUCGUCCUCACUGGAAUGCAAAGGGCACAUUCUCAUGAAUGUGCUCUGUAUCCCUCGAGCCCUGGACAAGGAAUUGUCGGCCUCGAUCAACUAUCUUUUAGCUUCGUCGUUUUAUUUUUACAUGAAGCCAACGACAAAGUACGUGAUGUUAACCGGCGAGGAAAUGCGCGCAGUUCGCAUCCGCGGGACUAUUCGCAUACUCUGCGCUAUUGCCAAAUGUAAAAAAAUGGUUGUGCCCAAUGUUGUCUUGACCAAAAUGGAAAUCGAACGUGAUCAGCUUUUCGAUCAAAACUUCACGGUAACUAAGAGUUUGGGAACACUCUGCCGCCGUCUUAUCUUGAAGGAAAUGGAGUUUGUAUGUUUGUUUGGGGUGUACAAUGAUGGCUACCAGGGUGUGAUGCCGUUUCAGGAUUUACCCGUCAGCUUCGCUGCUGUUAAUGUCCAUCCUUGCACUGACUUUUUGACCACUCUAGAGUUGAUCGCACGCAGUGUGGACGAAGCUCGCUAUGCAGUUCCCGACGUUUUACCGAAGUUGGCGAGGUUUAUUCAUGGGGCUGGAUGGAUCUCAGCCCGUCGAACAAAUAUUGUUGCUAUACUGCGGAAAUGGCAUAAGUCUGACAGUCGGUUUGGAUCACCAGCAUCGUGGCAGGGCGUUAAAGUUGCAAAAUUGAAUACCGUUGCCAGUCUGUCGACAUUGAGUAGAUGCACUGUGUUUGCUCUUGCGUGUCUGCAACGAAGCUGUUGGGAUGAUGAUAACGAUGAGGAGAGCUAUUUUUAUUCCUUUCCGGAUAGAUAUGACAUUCGGGACGAAUUCGACAGUCCGGAUGAAAUGUAGUAAAUUUUUCCACUGCGGAUCUUUUCUACGUUUGUCUUGGUUUGUGAUCUAAUAGUUACGCAAGGGUGUAGCAGCAACUCUAUGCCGUUUUCCGUUGAAGGCUGAAGCUGCAUUUUUGCGACAUUGUCAAAGCAGAACAUCAACCGGGACUGAAGAAUAGCCGCAAAAGAAUGCAUACGUGCUUUGUUUCUGCUGCCGUUUGAAAUCGUUGGGUAUUUUCUAGAUAAAGUGAUAAGUUAACGCUAAUGACUUCCGAUUAAGGAGUUUUGACCCUACGCGACAAUGUUUUUCGUGUCUUCACUCUCUACAGUCUACAAAGUGUGGCUUAGUGUGCUAUCUUUCUUCAUUCGCAAGCCAAG